AUGGCACCCGAUCCGAACCCGACCAUAAGGCCCGGUCCAAAGGCCGAACCAUCAAAUGCCUCCUCACCAUCUGAAGAUCCAUCUCAGACCGAAGAAACGACGCUUGUCUCGGCCCUCUCUCUCCUCCACCAAAUGCACCAAAAACUUGCAUUACUCCGCGAAUCUAUCCCACAUAUGGUGCAACCGAUAAUGAAGGCGUCAGCCUAUCCGACCCCUGAGACGUUAUUCGAUGAGUUUUCGAAACGGACGUUAAAGGCUUCCGAGGACCUGGUGGAUUUUACGAAGUUGGUUAGUGAUGGGAGGUGGGUUUUUGAUAAGGCUUCGACGAGUAGACGUGAGAAUGGGGAUGAAAGUGGAGAAGUUAAGAGGUGGAAGAGUAGUGCGCCUCUACCGCAUUAUUUGAAGGAUAUUGCGGAGGGUAGCGAAGCUGUGGGGAAGGAUAAAGAGGCCAAAAAGAAAGAAGAGGAGGAGAAGAAAGAGAAGAAGAGGUUAGAAGCUGAGAGAAGCAAAGAACGGGAAUUGGAAAUUGCGGAAGUCAAGGAAUUUGAGAGUGAGGAUGUUAGAAGAGGGAUAAUAGAAGAGUUUAAGAAAGAGCAUGGCGAUCUCGAGAUUACGCCUGAGGAAGACGGAAAGGUUCUGAAGGUUGCGAUACCCAAGCCGGUGGGCCUGACGUUCUCAAUCGACAUACUACAGCCUACAGCGGAGUCGAAUCGAUAUACCGUUUCCCUGCCUACGAGUUCCUAUCUUCACAUCCUGGUUUUAAGGAGUAUUACAACAAGGCCGAAUGCUGGAAGCUUAAAGUAUCUACUGGAUAUGAUAGCGACCUACAAAACGAUAUACAAAACCAAAUGUAACAAGUGUAACAAGCUCACACAGGGUCCGAAGGCUGAUCUUCCUGUCAUCCGUCGUCUUAAACGGAUAGCGAAGUUAGUGCAGAAAGAAAGUAAAGAAGAUGGCGGAAGCAGUCAAGACAAUGAUAAAAUGGAUACGUCCGGGGACAAUAAGGUGGUAAAGGGCGCGAAGGAUGCAAACCCCAAGAUUAAGAAGGAACCGGAAGAAGAGGAGCAGCCCAAGGAAGAGAAUGAUGGCACGGAUGAUGUCGCUGAGGUAGAACUCGUUGAAGAGUUCUGGGUAACUUAUCAUGAGGGAUGUGCUGCCUAG